GAACUGACAUCCUAAUUUAUUUAUUGAACGUUUUUCAUUCUAUUAUAUUCGCUACUCAGCUUGUAAAAUUUAUACAAAAAUUUUGGGAAAGUGAAUUUACAGCUGUUAAUUGCACAUUUUCGCCUAAAAAUUGUGAUUAAAUGGAGAAUUUACAGAAUAUUUGUGAUAUUUUAUUAAUAAAAGUGUAGCAGAGAAUGUUCGAGUUAAUUAGAGGUGAUUAAAUUGCCUUAGGAACUUCCUAGAAAUUGCGAAAAUCGCAUUAAGGACGCCUAAAAUAGAACGCCAGCAAUUAUAGCAAAGUGUGGUGCUGAUGAUAGCGUAGUUGUGAAAAAAACUAACAGCCUACGAAUAAUACCAUCGUAUCAUUUGUUAGUAUGCACUUAUGGGUAGAAAAGCUAAACAUUUCCUUGCUUUACAAAACUAUCUGUAAACAGACUAUGGGAACGCAAAUCAAGGCAGACUAAACGAGCCACAAGUCUCGCAGCCAACAAAGAAAAGUUUUUAAGCCAUAUGAUUGCUGUCUGCGCCUACAUGAUUUAGUCUAUGAUUAUACACAUGUAUGAGGAGACGAGGGUAUUAUACUAAUCGUAUCAGCACCAGAAGCAUUAUCAGCGAUAGGCACGAGGCUGGGAGCGAUACGUGGAAAGAAAAGUGUUCGUUCAACGACUCUAGACUUGUGGGUUAAGAGUAAAAGGUGCGAAUUCUUCCCCUUUCCGUCCGUUUCACGUUAGUCGAAGAGCAGUUAUCCAAAUGGCUGCAAUUACAUAUUUCGCAAAAGCAGACAACAAAAAUACAUUUAAAAGCGUAGUAUUAUAAUUAAUACAAAUACCAAGACAGUGGUGAAAACAGCUGCGAUAUUUUCGCAAGAUAAAGAAGAAAAAGCUCAAAACAGUCAGGAAAAAAUACAAAGCAUGAGCUAAAUGCGUAUCCAAAACCGAAAGGAAGGUCCCUUUCAAGGUUAAAUUAAAAGCGUUUGCCCGUGGGAGGUCAUCGUUAGGGCCCUGUCACAAGGUAAACUACAAAAAGGCUAGAUAGUUAGCCUUGAAAUUGCAAUAUUAUAAAGUGAAUUUGAAGAGAACACUCUUGUGAGUAAAGAAAAUGGAGAAAUUUCCACAGUGUGCCAUUUGCGGUACAACACAGCAGUUAUUGCGUUGUGCCAAAUGUAAGACGAUCUUCUACUGCUCCACGGCGCAUCAGCACAUGGACUGGCCGACACAUAAACAUUCUUGCCGUAUGUUGGCGAAACAAAGAAAUAAUAAUCGCAUGCAACACCUGCAACAGGCGGUUGCUGCUACGACGUUAAACAACACGAACGCACUAACAUUGCCCACCUCGAGUGGUAGCAAUAGCACCUGUACCAAUAGCACCAGCGAUGUCGAUGCUGGCCACCAUCGCUGGUCAUUAACCACGUCAAAUGAUGCUACUGCAGGCAUUAUAGGAUUUGGACUUUUAGGCGGUAGCGAAAGUGCUGAAGUAGAUCCGAGUAUAUUAACUACUGUGCCACCCAUGGCUAUAAUGAUGGGCAAGAAUGAAAAUGGCUGCGGAGGGGUUUAUGAACGUUCAAAUGUCGUGUCGAAUGAUGGCAUUGAUACACCAAAUCAGAUCCCAGAUACUGGUGGUACAGUGACUAGUGCAAAUUUAGUACAAGGCCCGAACGCAGCGACCACCGCUUGCAUGCAACCGCAGUAUCAUCAUGUAGAUCAGCGUUUAUUAUCGCCACAAUAUCACCAACAGCAGCAACAGUUGAUGCAACAGCAGCUGCAGCGUCAACAAAUGCCACCCGCACAGGCACCGUAUUCACCGUCAUCGAAUCUUAGCAGCCAUAACGCGCAUCACCAGUAUGAGAAAAGCUUCAGCUGUCAAGUUGGCAGUGGUGGCGGUGUGGAUGAAAAUGCUUUUGGGCAUGCAAACGAGCGCCGCUACGACGAAUUAUGUCGAAAUAUCAUCAACGACAUGAAUCAGUAUGGCUUGUCGGUGGUCGAUGAUUUUCUGGGCGUCGAGAAAGGUCUGCAAAUAUUGAACGAAGUUCAUCGCAUGUAUUCAGCUGGCGUUUUCAAAGACGGACAGUUGGUGAAUAAUUUGCGCGAGGAAGAGCUGCGCACGAUACGUGGCGAUAAGAUAACGUGGGUUAAGGGCGUUGAGCCAGGCUGUGCAAAUGUUGGAUAUUUGAUAAAUCAGAUUGACGCGGUCAUUUGUAGGGCGAAUACAAUGAAAAACAAUGGUCAAUUGGGAAACUAUAAUAUUAAAGAGAGAACAAAGGCUAUGGUGGCUUGCUACCCGGGAUCCGGCUCGCAUUAUGUGGUGCAUGUCGAUAAUCCAAAUAAAGAUGGUCGUGUGAUAACGGCUAUUUACUACUUGAAUGUCAAUUGGGAUACGGAACGCAGUGGUGGCGUUUUGAGAAUUUUCCCAGAGCACGGUAAUUCAGUUGCUGAUAUCGAGCCGAAAUUCGAUCGGCUGAUCUUUUUCUGGUCCGACAGACGGAAUCCUCACGAAGUACAACCCUCACAUCGCACCCGCUACGCCAUCACCGUUUGGUAUUUCGAUGCGAACGAGCGCGAAGCAGCACUGAAUCGUAUCAAAAAUAAUAAAAACAAUACCAAAGCAACUAUAAAUACAACAGCAACAAAUGCAAAUUCAGCGGCGCGGCCUUUGGCGCCUACGAAUAUGCACGACAACACAAAUUCACAAACCCAUACAACAAAUACCUCGGCGCCGAUAAUAACGACACAAGCGACACAGGCGUCGACACAAGCUACUACUGCAAUAGCAACAACGACGCCAACUUCAAAACCCGCCAAUAUGAAAACGCUUACGAAUGCGAAUUUAAAUGCGAUUAUAAGCAGCGAUAGUAAGUGUGCGAUUGUAAACAAUACAAUGGUAAAUAUUGACCAGCACACAACCCACAGUAGCAAUAAUAAAACAAUUGUUAAUACGAAUACGAAUUUAUGCAACAGUGCUGCGCUAGCGAAUUCGAGUGAAAUUUGCACAUAACAUCAUAAUCCGCUUAUGUUGUUGGUGUUAUAAAAGUUUUGUGGGCUGGGACGUAUGAGUAGUGUGUGACUGCUGUGCUGUAGGUAGCAGAAUGUGCUGUUGAUUGUCGACAAAUAUGUAUGCACUUUUUGUUGAUGGGUCGCAAAAUGUAUAUGAAAACAGUUUUUGUUUUUCAAAACUGCAAGGAAGCAGAAAAAACAAGCCCGACAGCUUAACCUGCCGUGUCGUUCAAACAGCAAUCAAAAUUGUGUUUUGCUUUUUAAAGCAAUUCUUGAAACAUUUAAUUAUGUUGACUGUUGUAAAUGUAAAGUCAAAGAAAUUCGGUAUUUUAGAUCAGCAAAUCAAAACGGAAAUUUACAUAGGAACAUACUUACGUACAUAUAUAAAUGCUUAAAGUUUGUAAAGCUAAAAGUAUUAUCCACCAAUUCAAUGUAAAUACGGUUCAUUAGAUCUAGGCUGGAUAGCUUAAUACAUACAACUAAAGGAGUACGCGAAAGGUCCAAAUGUGAAAAAGAAAAGAAAUGUCUACAGUAAAUGUAUAGUUUUGUAUAUGAAUAAUUACGAAAAUAUGCAAAAAGCUCUAUAAAAUAAAGGGUUGCUGAUGAGCAUGUACUCUUCAGUAUGAGUAAUAAACACAA